GUUGGUAAUAUAGGGGAAAUGUUCUUUUUCAAAACAAGCAAAUCCAACAUGACAGCAGUUACGCUACACAGUUGUCGUCUGCAGUGUAAGGGAGAUAAGCCAUCCCUGCCUAAAGAGUAGCAACUCUUACUCGUUCGCAAGAGGGCGCACCUGCUACAAAACUUUGGUAAACAAAAAACCUAUUAUCACAAGUGCUCGUUUUCGUACGAUAUGUGGUGACUUUCAAGUGGUACCACAGCUGCAGAUUCAAUAAUGAUUGCCGCCAUAGCCAAGUCUUCCUUCCCUGCCCGUCUAAAGGAUGAUGAUGAUAUUAACCAAGAGGUGCCACAAAAUUAUGUGGUUCCUGUCAAUUCGUUCUCUACAUCAUUUCCAUCAAUUAGCAGGCACCAUCCUCAUGAAACUGGUGAACCAAAUUACUGCGAUUCCUCUGUUUGCCCAUCUCAGUCGAUGUCAGACACUGCAGAGAGACAGAAUUCCGAAAACUCUACCUUAGUUUCAAAUCCUACAGCAGUGGAUGAACAUAACUGGCAAGGUGGCCAGACAUCCCUGAGGGAAAGAAAUGCUGUCAUGUUUAAUAAUACUCUCAUGUCAGAUGUCACUUUCAUAGUGGGGACCACAAGCAGCCCUAGGAGCAUCCCAGCACACAAGUAUGUUCUGGCUACAGGAAGCUCUGUCUUCUUCGCCAUGUUUUAUGGAGGACUGGCAGAAGAUGUUAGAGAAGUUACUAUUCCUGAUGUGGAGCCUGUAGCAUUCCUGAACCUCCUUAGAUACUUGUAUACAGAUGAAAUUCAAGUGGAAGCUGAUAAUGUUCUUGCCACAUUGUAUGCAGCCAAGAAAUACAUGGUGUCACAUCUGGCCCAAGCUUGUGUUCAUUUUCUGGAGACCAGUCUUAGUGCCCGUAAUGCUUGCAUCUUGCUCAGCCAAGGUAGGCUCUUUGAAGAGCAGCGUCUGAUGCAGCGUUGUUGGGAGGUCAUUGAUGCUCAGGCUGAAGAAGCACUGCAUUCAGAAGGGUUUGCUGAGGUUGACCAUAAGACUCUAGAAUCCAUCCUGAGCAGAGAGACUCUAAAUGCCCAAGAAGCAUCCAUAUUUACUGCUGUGAUGAAGUGGUCUGAAGCAGAGUGCUGUCGCCAGGGCCUGCAAAUGACAGCAGAAAACAAACGCCAUGUACUGGGGCCUUGUCUACACCUUGUUCGCAUGCCUGCUAUGAUGCUGGAAGAAUUUGCAAAUGGUCCAGCACAGUCUGGGAUCCUUACUCUCCAGGAGACCACUGACAUCUUUUUGCACUUCACAGCACAGAUCAAACCAGAGCUAAGUUUUGACUGCAGGCAGCGGAAAGGCCUGGCACAGUAUCGUGUCCACCGAUUUCAAUCUUCUGCCUACCGAAGCAACCAGUGGCGUUACAGAGGCCGCUGUGAUAGCAUCCAGUUUGCAGUGGACAAACGCAUUUUCAUUGCAGGGUUUGGGUUGUAUGGAUCCAGCAAUGGGUCUGCAGAGUACCACAUAAAAAUAGAGCUGAAAAAAAAUGGGUUUGUCCAGGGGCAGAAAAUCACCAAGUUCAAGUCUGAUGGAUCCAGCAACACCUUUCCUGUGUUGUUUGACAUACCUGUGCAGAUUGAUCCAGAUGUCUUUUACACUGCAAGUGCCAUUCUUGAAGGUUCAGAACUCAGUUACUUUGGCCAAGAAGGUUUAGCUGAGGUUCAGUGUGGCAAAGUUACCUUUCAGUUCCAGUGUUCUUCUGAUAGUACAAAUGGCACUGGCGUUCAAGGUGGGCAAAUUCCUGAACUUCUGUUUUUUUGCUGAAUAUGAAGUGCAAAACAUACUGUAUUUAUUCUGUAAACUUGAUACAGAAAAUUUAAAUUAAAAAUUUCUGUUAAUGGCAUUUUACAACUGAAGCAAUCUUGAAUCCCAAGUGGCCUGUAGAUCUGUAUCCUCUCUUCUAGUCAUAUUUGUGUUAUGAUUGAUAUGUUAUGACUGAUUAAUAAGUUUAAGAUUAGCUUGAGAUUUGUUCAUUUGGCUUAGCAGUUCAUAGAAUCAACUAUCAAAAUAAUCAUGCAUGUUGACAACACAUAAUUUAAAAUCUAGUCACCAAUACUCCCUUUAUCUGUCUUUUUGAUUGUUUUAUUAAAUUGAAAAUUGGGAAAAUAAAAAUAACUUGUGGCUAUUUUUUUUUAUCAUUGACCACAGAAUGUCAUUAAAAUGUGUUUAAACAA